AUGGCCAAACCUUUUGCUACGGUUGGAGCGAAAGUAUACAUCACUGACCCAAGGUUGGACGUACUAGAGAAAGCCGCUGCUUCUGUUAUGGGUAUUAAGGGUCCAUGGUCUGGCAGCCUCCACAUGGACGUGACAGACGAACAAAGUAUCAACGCAGGUGCCAAACACAUCGGAGGAGUCGAUGGAAUGCUCGAUAUCCUUGUCAACGAGUUCGACUCUCCCGCUCCCUCCGCGACCCUGAGUUUACCACGAAUAAAAUGGCAGCAACGGAUCCCCUCGAGCCCAAAACGGCACAAAAUCGGUCUGAUAUCUUCGAAACAAAUGCCACCUCACCAUUCUUCGUCGUUCAGGCCUUCCAAUCUCUCCUUGUCAAAGGGCGCAUGCCAAUCCCCAGGGAACGUCAAGUGUAAUCAACAUCAGCAGCGUAGGAGUGACCAUACAUUCCUCCAUGAAUCUAGUCUGCGACUGCCUCGGGGCCAUUUGCAUCCCAAUAAAACCCACCAGUGUUUUUUGGAGUCGGUCAAGACGAAGGCAUUACCUGGGCUCCUGGCGUGGGUGCCCGCGAGGAGGAAAGGGACUGAGACUGAGAUGGGCAUGAUUGGUGUGUAUCUGGCCGUGUCGGAUUAUGCGAAUGGAGAUAUUUUGCGCAUAGAUGGCGGAGUGUUGUACUGGUGA